UCAAUGGCUUCGUCACAAAGCAUAAUGCAAUUUACCUCAAACGAAUCUGGGCCUGAGUCUGGAUCAGACAACAUGGAGUGUAAAUCAAAGGCCAAGACAGACAGCAAGCUUGAAGGUCAGCAACAGCAGGAGGGGAUGGAAAUUGGGUCAAUGGCUUUGUCACAAAGCAUAAUGCAAUUUACUUCAAACGAAUCUGGGCCUGAGUCUGGAUCAGACCCCAUGGAGUGUGAAUCACAGGCCAAGACAGGCAGCAGGCUUGAGGAUCCGCAAGAGCAGGAGAUGGAAACUGAGCCAAAUGCUUUGUUACAAAGCAUAAUACAAUCUACUUCAAACGGGUCUGAGAAUUUGCACAAAGUGUUUUGCUGUUUCCUUUCGAACUGAAGUCAGCGCGUCUGACCUGAGGUGUAUGAGAUGUAGCCAGUUGUUUAGUUGACAAAAAUGGGACACUGUGGAAGCUGCAAGAAAUCUAAGCUGCCGCGUAUAUGGCAUUUUUCCCAAACGCUGUUCCGACAGCCAUCUCGUUCAGAUGUACCCUUUUGGAUUCAACACUGGAGCGUCUGCCUUCGGGGAAGAAUGAGGAGUUGGUGAGCGAUGUGAUACACCUGUCAUGUAAUGAAUCAUCAAGCUCUGGUUUCACUGGAGAAUUUGAUGAAACAGUGACAGUUGCCCUCUCACAUAGUGCCGCUAAACUUAAGGGAUAUGAAGUUGUAAUUGGCGAGCUAGUUGAUUCAACUAAAAGCGAGUGGAAAGAUUUGGAGACAACAAACGUUUGGGAAACCUCAGAUGUCGAGGGAAACCUCUUGUCAAGGCUAAGAGUGCCAUACGCCGAGGCCAGAGUGACACGCUGUUCCACCUAUGCUAUUAUCUGCAGAUUGAAGUCGCACACAUACUCUAUUGAACAUACACGUAGUCAGAAGUUCAUCUGUAAAAUCCCGGAGUAUCCAGACUUACAGGUUACAAUUCCAGCCGAAAUUGUGACUGAAAGGAACUUGCAUUUAACCCUGAAGGUACAAGAAAUCCCAGAGGAAUGGUUGGAAGAAAGUGGAGUCUUGGUUGGACCUGUAUUGCAUAUCAGAUGUUCCAGCGCUAUUCAACUAUUAGAGCCAGCAGAAAUUACACUUCCCAUGUCACUCAGAGCAGACGCGAAAAAAUAUGAAGAUUUAUCAACCCGUGAUAUGGUGGUGUCAGCAAAUGCAGACGACGGAACAACAGGCUGGAAAGAUAUAACAAAGGAGCUGCCAAGACCAGUGGAACUAAAUGAUGGAGUGGUGACAUUUCAAGUCACACAUUUUACACGGUUUUGUGUAUCGCAAAAGAAGAGAAAACUUUUAAGAGACAAGAGGAGAAGAAGGUUAAGUGGGCAAUCUCUUCUAUAUCAUCUUGCUGAUAUGAAGCCAAGAGCGGCCGGAUUCGCUGCGUGCUUGUGCAAAGCCCACGAGUAUGGUGGUAGAAAUUCUCAAUUGAGAUUUUGCUGUUAUCCUAGUCAUUUGGAAAAACGAGUAAGAGAGGAAUGGUUUUCUACAUACUCAGUCUUCCUUUAUGGAUGUGGAAGCUCUAACGAGAAUCUCUAUGAAGAUGUCCAAAUAACUGCAUCGCUUCAUAAGGGUCUCAAAACUUGUGAUGACGCAUCAGCUGAUGAUUUUAUUUUGAGGUUUAAUUGUUCAGAGAAGUACGAAAGCGAAGCCAUCGUGCAAAGGAAGCCAGGACGAAUUCCCCAAAUUAAGUUCAUUAAAAAGGAUGGCUUGAAAUGUCUCCGGACCAUGAGAAUCGUUCAACCUCAAGUUUUACAAGAUACACGUGCAGAUACAGUUAAAGAAGGCUGUCCCACUUUGGAGGAGCUGCAAGACUUGGCACAGAAGCUUGACAAGUGGAAGCCUCUUGGGCGUCAUUUGCUUGACAUGGAUGAGUCUAGGAUUGAACAAAUCGAAAAUCGGCAUAAAGUACUGGAGGAAUGUGCCUACCAAACUUUGCGGGUUUGGAAACAGACAAACCAUACAGACGCAACUUAUAGAACUCUACACACUGCCCUAUGUAGGGUUAAUCGCAGGGAUUUGGCCGAGGAAUUUUGUUGUGUAGGCACAGGUGUUUCAUCUUUGCUAUGAGCAAUUCUGGUUAUGAACUGUGUAAGCCAUGCUCAGGUUUCCCAAUGUGGUUUUCACCAGCCGAGUGUUCCGUAUUACGAAAAAUUGUUCCCGCAACUCAGGAUAUAAAGGGCACCGUCUUUCGAAAUACAGACUGAACUCGGCUGGUAAAUGAAAGUGUCCUUGUCUUCUUAAACCUAGUAAAAAAUGUGCAAAAUGAACCCGAACAACUUUGGGAUUUAAUUGUGGCAGGAUUUCUCAUGAACUGAACAAUCGUCGAGUGAGUAGAUAGAAUAGAAAGGAAAGGUAAUUCUUAACAGGAAGAAAGAGGCAUUUUGAUAAGACAUUUUUCUGCAAUUAUCUGACACUAUCUAACACAUGUUUAUUAAAAACCCCUCACGAUAAAAUGCACAUAUACACUUUAGAAUAGACUAUAGUUCUAGCCCUCAAAGGGUGGGUAACGCUAUCCACUGGGUAGUCCUCUCUCCGGUGGAUAGUGCAGUACGUAUCGUUAAAAUUUAUCCGCUGGAUAGCGCCGCCCCUCGAACAACCGACGAUUAAUCUACGUGGGUUUACUUCCGUCCACUUUCGAAAGGCAAGGAAAGGCACUGUAUGUAAAUAAAACUGACUGGUUU